GUAAUAUCGCCACUGUGCCGCAGUUCUGUCUUCUGAAGUCAGCACAGAGUAGUUUAUUAGUCGUAUAAUACUAGCAACAAAAUGCCACUUAUUUCCGAAACAAUCGAGAUCGACUGCGAUGUUCAAAAAGUUAGAAAAACAUUCCAAAAUUUUAUAAAUUACUCCAGCUGGACUGCUUUCAUACAAACAAUAGAAGUUACUACACCAGGAAAAACCCAAGAUACUGUUUCCGUUGGGGACGAAUUGAAAGUUAAAGUUUGUCUUCCAAAAUCGAAGAAAGAAAGCAUCUUUACGCCAACGGUAUUAGAAAACUCAGAAAGUUGUUUCAAAUGGUGUGGUACCUUACUUUCUAACUAUAUUUUCUCUGGUGAACAUUCUUUCACUUUCAAGCAGCUUGAAAAUGGAUCUACAGAAGUGAUUCAAUCAGAAAAUUUCACAGGAAUGCUAUCUUCUCCGAUAUUCAUGCUCAUUGGCGAGGACACUAAGGAAGGUUUCAAACUAUUCAAUGCUGCUUUGAAACAAGAAAGUGAAAAGAAGGACUAGGAGUUUUUAUAAGGCGAAAUUAUAUACUCAAAUAUGAUUAUAGUAUUUUAAUGCAAAGGUGUCCGUUUUCAGGUUUUAUAUGGAUGUCAACAUUGUUUCAUUGUAUUUACCUUUUAGAAUCUAAUGCCAUCCCAAGCUCCUUCUGCCAAAGUUAAUCCAGUUGAUAUGCCAAAGGGAUCAAUUUGACAUGGUUUCUGAAUAGUAGGUUAGAAGCUGCGCUUGGUGCUAACUGUUUUUCAGUUUGGUUUGCAAUGUACACCGAACAAAGACAGAGACUACACCUUAUACCUAACAACCGCGCAUCCUAAUCCACAGCCACACACUCUCUGGCACAAUUGCAGCAGAACAAGCAAAGCUUCCUUUAUAGGCCCUCCGAAAAGAGACACAGGACUCUUCUCUAUAAUAAUGCAAAGGUGUCAGCUUUCAGGUUUCGGAUGAAUGUCGACAUUUUUUAUAUUAUUUACCUUUCGAAAUCUAUUCCCAUCUC